AUGCCUGUACUAUGUGCAGCAGCGCCAGAAAAUGCAGACGAUCACUCUGAACUCGCUCGUGCGCAGGAGCAUGAAGAUGACGAAACUUAUGAUACAGUUGAGCAGCACGACACAGGAGCUCAAUUCACAUCCGUUACAUCACAGCGUAUCCUCUCAUUUUCGUGGCGAGCCAUGAAAGAAGUUGCUGCUUUGCUCGAAAUCAUCACGCGCAAUCACAUGACCGAACAAAAUAUCAAGCGAGCGAGCGAUCUCUUCAUGCUGUGGCUCUUACGUAUCCGGCACCGCGGUGCAUUCAGCACAGUCUAUCCACACUAUCAAAGCUUGGCACGUGCGAUUUGUGAGCGUGGCAUGGACGGGCCGUCCUUGUGGCUUCAAGCAUGCCUGGAUCAUGCUGAUCAAUAUGCAGCAUCUCUGAGCACAACUCGACGUGGCGCCGGUCUUGGGUUUGCUGUGCUUGCAUUGCUCAGUGCACAUUCGGGCACCAAGCUUGUGGAUCUGACGCGUACAUGCGUCUCACGCCUGUUGAAUAUGGCCAAAGGGACAGAGCGGAUAAGAUCGAUUCAUGCAUUACACAUUCUACGUGUGCUUGUAAUGGACAGUACCAUGGCUCCAACCAUGAAAUUGCACUUAGGACAGGUACUUGCAUGUGCUGUCACAUCAUUCCAGUCUGUCCAUUGGAGUGUACGGAAUGCAGCAAUGAUGCUAUUCUCCGUGAUCAUUGCUCGAUAUUUUGGAACAAACGCAUUUAGCACCCGAGGUCCCGGUUCGCAUCGACGCGGUGCAAGGCUUGAAACGUUGUGGCGUGGCAGCGAGACGCUUGCACAGGCUCUAACAGAUACACUCGAGACGUAUGCAGGCCAGGAGGAUACAGACCUGGGCUAUGCGUCAGCUCUUUAUGCAGUUUUGUGUUUGUUCUCACAGUCUGAUGCGUCUAUAUGCAGUCCAUCACUGCUGGCGGCCGUGGAGCGAUGCACGCAGAGUCGUCAAGCGGCCCUUCGCGCAUUAGCUGCACAUUGUUAUGCUGUCCUUGUACCGCUUAGUGAGCAGCACGCAUCUGUAAAGCGACUGCUUCAGCAGGCCACGACUCGUAAUCAAAAUGCGUUGGCUGGCACGCUUGCUGUCUUGGAGCACUGGGCAAGCCCUACUUAUAAGGCUGAUAUUGAGAGUCGCAUGGAUUUGCUCACUGAUAAUGACUGCCCUGUUACACUUGCAUCUUUUCUUCAAGUGGCAAGGAAAUGCAAUGCACUCGAGGCAGUGAAGCCGUGGCUAGCCUCAUGGAUCCACGACCUUUUGAAUCCACCGUGGAACGUUGCUCGUGAUCCGUUCACGGUGUGGCUCCUCCCAGUCGCCCUCACUAUGGCGAUGCGUGUAGACAUGUUGCCUCUUGCCGUCCUGCAUGCAGAUCAUGACAUACGGUCAGCGACGAUCGAUAUCCUUUACCAAGACCCAGCCAUGCUCGAAGUUGCCCAAUGGGACAAGGUGGAGGUGCACAACGCCCUGAUGCAUACGCUCCUCUUCGAUGUGCAUGUGUCGCUCCAUGCUCGUUCACGUGCGGCUCAUUUAAUCAACGUGCUCGGAUGCGAGCUCGAGGAUACUUAUGCUCAAAAAUUGAUCGUAUUAGCUGCAUCGACAGAGUCAGUAUUGCUUCUUGAAGCUCUCUUGCCGCUGACGGGCCGUGCGGUUCGGUCUGACCGGUCUGACAUGCUAGAGGCGUGUUUCUGGAUCUGGGAUCAAUGUUCACAUGCAGAGGCAUCGCCCGCAUCUCGCCUUGGGGUCGCAUAUGCCCUCCAGCACGUGCACACGUCGCAUAUUCAAAAGGAUCUCAUACUUUUACGCUUGCUUCACGAUGAUGACUCUGACGUUCGAGAAGCCGCAUGUCAACUGCAAGAGUCAGAUCAUACAAAGGGCGGGCGCUUUGCUUGUAUUUAUGCGCUCCAUCGUGGCUCUGAAGCUUGUACGCGAGAGAUUUGGCGGCGUCGCUUGCGCGAUCCUGCCUUUCAUUCAUAUGUGUGGAAACUUUUGGUUCCAAUCGCUCGUAUGUAUUCUUGA